UUAUAAAAUGUUGUAAAUAAGUGAUUUCUCUUCUUCACUGAUGUGCGCUAAUGAAGCUGCAGUGAUAGGCACUGAUAGGCUGCACUUAUGGACACUUAUAGGUGGCACUGAUGAGGAGGCACUGGUAGGUGGCACUGAUGGGCAUUUACAGGCAUCACUGAUGGGCACUGAAAGGCAGCACUCAUAUAUGGCACUGAUAGGUGGCACUGACUGACAGUGUUAGGCUGCACUGAUAGGCAGCACUGACGGGCACUGAUAAGGCGGCACUGAUGCACUCUGAUAGGCGGCACUGACUGGCACUGAUAGGUGGCACUAAAUGGCAGCACUGAUAGGAGGCACUGACUGGCAUUGAUAGGUGGCA